GCGAUAUUGCUUCAAAUUUGCUCGCGGUCUGUUGUCAUUAAAUCCAACAAAGGAGUGGAAGACAAGGAAGUGGGGUGUCAGGGUUCUUGUGCCUCUCAGAUCAUCAUGGAGUUUGCAGAGCUGAUCAAAACCCCUCGUGUGGAUGGGGUGGUCCUGCACAGGCCCUUCAUGCCCACUGUGGAGGGGACUCUGUGUCUGACCGGACAUCACAUCAUCCUGUCCUCUCGCCAGGAUAACACUGAGGAGCUCUGGCUGCUUCACACCAACAUCGACUCCAUUGAGAAAAGGUUUGUGGGAUCCCUGGGAACUAUUAUUGUGAAGUGUAAAGACCUGCGGGUGAUCCAGCUGGACAUACCUGGCAUGGAGGAGUGUCUUAAUAUUGCCAGCUCAAUCGAGGCUCUGUCCACGCUGGACUCGGUGUCCCUGAUGUACCCCUUCUUCUACCGUCCUCUGUUCGAGGUCAUUGAGGAUGGAUGGCAGCUGUUCAUGCCAGAGGAGGCUUUCAGAGAUCUGGAGUCUAUGACAGAUGAAUGGAGACUGAGCGAGGUCAAUAAAGACUUCAGCGUGUGCCCCUCGUACCCGUCCUUACUGACCGUGCCCAAAGACAUCGAUGAUGACAGUCUCUGCAAAGCUGCUUCCUUCCGCCAUGGCGGCCGCUUCCCUGUGCUCAGCUACUACCACAAGAAGAACGGCAUGGUGAUGAUGCGAGCAGCGCAGCCACUGACGGGAACCAACGGACGCCGCUGCAAAGAAGACGAGAAACUGAUCAAUGCCACGCUCUGCGCAGGGAAGCGCGGUUACAUCAUCGACACGCGGACGAUCGCUGUAGCGCAGCAGGCUAAAGCUCGCGGCGGAGGGUUUGAACAGGAAGCCAACUACCCGCAGUGGAGGAGGAUCCAUAAAGCCAUUGAGAGGUCUAAUGUUCUGCAGGAGAGUCUGAUAAAGCUGGUGGAGGCGUGCAACGAUCAGUCGCACAGCAUGGACCGCUGGCUCAGUAAACUCGAAGCCUCCAACUGGCAGAGUCAUGUGAAGGAGAUCCUCACCACGGCCUGCCUGGCUGCACAGUGCAUCGACAGGGAAGGGGCAUCAGUUCUGGUUCAUGGUACAGAGGGCACUGACUCAACACUGCAGGUGACGUCUCUCGCCCAGAUCAUCCUCGACCCGGCAUGCAGAACCGUCCGUGGCUUUGAGGCGCUGAUUGAGCGAGAGUGGUUACAGGCCGGUCACCCAUUCCAGCAGCGCUGUGCUCAGUCUGCAUACUCAAACGGGAAGCCCCGAAGUGAAGCGCCCGUGUUCCUGCUCUUCCUGGACUGCGUGUGGCAGAUCCUGCGGCAGUUCCCCUGCUCCUUCCAGUUCAGUGAGAACUUCCUGAUCAUGCUCUUUGAGCACGCCUAUGCCUCACAGUUCGGCACUUUCCUUGGAAACAGAGUGGCUGAAAGGGUGAAGCUGCAGCUGUCUCAGAAAACUGUGUCUCUGUGGUCGUGGGUGAACCGUCCUCAGGAGCUGGAGCGAUUCCUAAACCCGCUGUAUGAGCCCAAUAACCUGGUCAUCUGGCCGUCUGUGGCACCUCAGAGCCUGCUGCUGUGGGAGGGGAUAUUCCUUCGCUGGAAUCGCUCCACAAAGUGUUUGGAUGAGGCCUAUCAGGAGAUGGUCCAUAUUAUAGAAUACAACAAGGAGCUGCAGAACAAAGUGAACAGUCUGCGGAGACAGCUGGCCCAGCUCGAGACGGAGGACAGCCCGCUGCAGACACCGUAGGACAUCAACAGAAUGAAAUGAGUCCCACGCACAUGUAUCUACACUCCUCUCUCUUUCCUUAUGAUUCCACUGCUCAACUUUAUGCACAUUAACAUAUUUCAUUGGUCUCCAGUGGAUUCUACUCUAUGGCCACUAGAUCUGUUGCUUAACCACUGUAGUUUUCUUCCUCAAACACUAUGCCACACUCAUCCUUAUUAUUCCUUAUUCAAUGUAAACACUUUGAAUUGAUUAGCUAGUUAUUAUAUACAAUAUAUAUUUCACUAGAUAUUGUAAAUUGGGUGCUGUGGUUUACAUGUUCUCAAAGAAAAGGGACUGCUAAUGUGCCAUUUUUCAUUUUUUGUCAUUUGUCACAAAGUGCAAUAGACAAUACAGCUAUAAAACAGCUGUUUUGAAAGGGAACGAAUUAGAGACUGACUAUGAGAUGCUCUAAAUAUAAUCUCAAUCUAACAGCGGUGGUUUACAUAGCCUUCCAUAACUCUGGCCACAUGAAUAAGAGAUUGCCAAAAGUGGCACUAUUUGCUUUACAAAUCUUCUGUGCACGGGUAAUAUUUGUAUAGAGUAAUAAUAUUUAGUAUUUUGUUUAAAAAGACAAAUUUGUUUUCUAUAUAUUGUGAAUCAAAACAGUGUCAUAAAUCUCCAUCUGCAACCUUUAGAACUCUUUGUUACAUAAAGUCUUUUUUUUCUUUUGUGAAGAUGAAGAUCUUUAUUAGGCUACACAAAGCCGUUGUUUAGGAACAUCUAAAAAUAAAGCCCACUGGGAUUAUUACAAUUUCCGUUCUGAAAAAAAGCAUUUCAUUUUCCUCCAGUUCUCCAUGAAUGACAUGAUCGUGUUCUUCUGGAGGCGUUUACUGCAAAAACUAUCAUUUCACAUCUCAGUAAAUCAAGAUAUACACUCAUUGUGCCAUUAAGGUUUUUAAAACCAUUUGUUUCAUAAAUAAGUGAAUAUUUAAAUCUACUGUCACAUCUCUCAUAGCAUAUAAAGGUCAUUUUAAUAUUCCAGUGGGUUCUUAUCUUAAAAUAGACUGCAUCAUUUAUGAAUGUGUUUUAGUUUAAGGAAGGUUUUGACUGGGUAUACACAGUCAAGUCGUUAUUGUUUUGGGUUUUUUUAUACAUGUGCACAAGUUAAUCAUUUUUUUAUUAAUUCAUUCUGGCACUUCAGUGGCAUCAACUGACAUGCAUCAUUAAGAUUUGUGUAAUUGUCUUAUAAGUGUAUGUACAUUAUCAUGCCUUGCUUUGCAAAAUGUAAUAUUGAUCAAAUGUUUAACUGAAGUAUGUUAUGUUCUGUGGGCAUUAAAAGAUGUUUAAUGUACAGCCUUCAUAUUUAAACUGACAUCCGUAAGAGUCAGUUACAAAACAAUAAAUGGUAAUAAAAUAUGAAUUACCAGUA